GUUUGUGGACCUCGGCAACGUAUCAGCAUUACGGACGUUCAGAGUUCUGCGUGCUCUAAAAACUAUAUCAGUGAUCCCAGGUUUAAAGACCAUUGUCAGUGCUCUCAUCCAGUCGGUUAAAAAGCUAGCGGACGUGAUGAUCCUCACUGUUUUCUGUCUCAGUGUCUUCGCUCUGAUUGGUCUACAGCUCUUUAUGGGAAUCCUACGACAGAAGUGUGUCCGUAGCCCCGCCCACUGCGUUAACUCCACCUACCCUGGCAACGGGAGCUUCGUUUGUAACAACAAGACCUGGCUCUCCAUCAAGGACUUCUUAACUAAUGAAGACAAUUUCUACAAAAUUGAAGGAUCCAAGGAUGCCUUAAUAUGCGGAUACAGCAGCGAUGCUGGGAAGUGCCCUGAUGGGUUUGACUGUUUAAAAACAGGUCGGAACCCAAACUACGGCUACACAAGCUUCGACACCUUUGGCUGGGCUUUCCUGGCUCUCUUCAGACUAAUGACACAAGACUACUGGGAAAACCUCUACCAUCAGACUUUACGAUCAGCAGGGAAGACCUACAUGAUUUUCUUUGUGCUGGUGAUAUUUCUGGGUUCGUUCUACCUGGUGAACUUGAUCCUGGCUGUCGUGGCCAUGGCAUAUGAGGAGCAAAACCAAGCGACCAUCGCAGAGGCCUGGGCAAAAGAAAGAGAGUUUCAGCUGGCAAUGGAACAGCUGCGCAAGGAACAGAGAGCAUUAGCAAAACAGCGCAGAAAUGAGGCUGAGAUGGCCCUGGCUGCAGAUGUAUCUCCGUCACCUUUCUCACGGAAAGACUCGGUGAAAUGCCGAAGAUCCCACCAAACGCUUUCAGAGGAGAUGGAGGACAACUUUUUGCCAAAAUUUGAACCAUUUGAUGAAAAACCAGCUCCCCCUCUCCUAGCCACUCUCUCCUCCCAUCCUCUGAGCACCCGUCGAGGAAGCCAGCUCAGUAUCUUUGCCUUCCGGCUGCGCAACAGUUCAGACGCUGACUUUGCAGAUGACGAACACAGCAUCCACGGUGAUGGGCGGAGCCGAGCGGGUUCCAUGGCGAUGCCGUGGAACAAGCGUAGUACGAGCAGCAUCAGGAGUCACUCGUCACAGGUGUUCCCGCCCACCCUCACCCUUAACGGCAGACUUAACAUUUCCCUGGACCAGAACGGCAUCACCAGCAUCGGCCCGCACACCCCGACCUCUGUUCCAGCGUUCAGCAUGGAGAAGGUCAGGGAGGACACGGAGCCAGUGUGUCAGAAUGAGCAGACCACUCCAGCUGCCAAGCUGACUGUCGACGUGCAGGAGGAAGUCCCGCCCCCUUGCAGGAAGAGAGGACUGAGCUCUGUCAGCUUCUUCAGUGACGUCAUAGACGAACUUGAAGAGACCCAUCAGAAAUGUCCUCCAUGCUGGUAUGAAUUUGCGAAGAAGUACCUGAUUUGGACAUGUUCUCCUGCCUGGCUGAGAGUGAAGGAAGGGCUUAAAGUCAUGGUGAUGGACCCUUUCCUGGACCUUGCAAUCACCAUUUGCAUUGUUCUCAACACAUUGUUCAUGGCGCUAGAGCACUAUCCCAUGACUGAUGAAUUCAACAGCAUGCUGAGUGUUGGAAACCUGGUGUUCACUGGAAUCUUCACGGCAGAGAUGGUGCUGAAGAUCUUUGCUCUGGAUCCAUACUAUUACUUUCAGCAAGGCUGGAGCAUCUUUGAUGGAAUUAUUGUUUGUUUGAGUCUGAUGGAGUUGGGCCUUUCCAACGUGGAGGGUCUAUCGGUCCUCCGCUCGUUCAGACUGCUGAGAGUUUUUAAACUAGCAAAGUCAUGGCCCACCCUCAACACACUGAUAAAGAUCAUCGGUAACUCUGUGGGUGCCUUGGGAAACCUGACACUGGUCUUAGCCAUCAUCGUCUUCAUCUUCGCUGUGGUGGGCAUGCAGCUGUUUGGAAAGAACUAUCAGGACUGCGUGUGUAAGAUCAGCUACGACUGCACCCUUCCUCGCUGGCACAUGAAGGACUUCUUCCACUCGUUCCUCAUCGUGUUCAGGGUCUUGUGCGGAGAGUGGAUCGAGACCAUGUGGGACUGUAUGGAGGUGGCCGGACAGCCGCUUUGCAUUCUGGUCUUCAUGCUGGUCAUGGUCAUAGGAAACCUAGUGCUGUUGAAUCUGUUUCUGGCACUGUUGUUGAGCUCCUUCAGCUCUGAUAACCUGUCAGCACCCGACGAUGACGGAGAACUGAACAACCUUCAGAUAGCCAUCAGUCGAAUCCACUUCGGUUUCACUUGGCUGCUGGACGCCAUCAAAGAUCUCUUCAACGGGAACCUGGCACGGCACAGACAGAAGGCCAAAGAGGUGCAGGCGUCACUGAAAGAGAACCACACUGAGUGCAACGGCGGCGUGGGAAGUUUAGAGCGGCAUGAAGGGAAGUACAUUACUCCAGAAGGAGAGGACAGUUACAUGACCAAUCCCAACCUCACCAUUUGUGUGCCCAUUGCGCCAGGAGAGUCAGACGUGGAAUUCCCUGAGGAGGAAGAGGAGGAGGAGGAGACAGAGUCAUCAGAGGAUGAAGAUCAGAAACCGGAAGUCGUCAGCCUCUCUGAAGGAAGUACGGUGGACUUGAGGAAGCCUGGGGAAGAUGAGGAGGAAUAUUCUGAGAUGGCAGAUGAUGGCAUGGAUCCAGAAGAGUGUUUCCCUGAGUUCUGUAUACAGCGCUGUAAGUGUUGCAAUAUCAACACGACGAGAGGUCUGGGUCAAGCGUGGUGGAGGUUGAGGAAGACGUGCUAUCAGAUAGUGGAGCACAGCUGGUUUGAGACCUUCAUCAUCUUCAUGAUCCUCCUCAGCAGUGGAGCUCUGGCAUUUGAAGACAUUUACAUUGAACAGAGGAAGGUGGUGAAGGUGGUGUUGGAAUAUGCUGAUAAGGUGUUCAGCUACAUCUUCGUGCUGGAGAUGUUUCUGAAGUGGAUUGCGUAUGGCUUUAAGAAAUACUUCACUAACUACUGGUGCUGGCUGGACUUCCUGAUUGUGGAUAUCUCCACACACACCUUUAACCAUAGGGUGUCUUUGAUUAGCUUGGUUGCUAACUCUCUGGGCUACUCAGACUUUGGGGCCAUUAAAUCUUUGAGGACUCUCAGAGCUCUGAGGCCCCUGAGGGCCCUGUCUAGAUUCGAAGGAAUGCGGGUGGUGGUGAAUGCUCUGAUUGGGGCCAUCCCGUCCAUCAUGAACGUACUGCUGGUGUGCCUGAUCUUCUGGCUCAUAUUUAGCAUCAUGGGUGUAAAUCUAUUCGCUGGGAAAUUCGGGAAAUGUGUCAACAGGACAGGAUACAUUCACAGUGUAACCCUGGUCAACAACAAGAGUGACUGCCAGUCCAUGAAUGACACCCAGUUCUACUGGACCAAAGUGAAAGUCAACUUCGACAAUGUGGGCCUUGGAUACCUCUCACUUCUGCAGGUGGCAACAUUCAAAGGCUGGAUGGAAAUCAUGUACGCUGCUGUCGAUUCCCGUGGAGUUGAGGAGCAGCCCGUCAAAGAGAUAAACCUCUACAUGUACAUCUACUUCGUAAUUUUCAUCAUCUUUGGAUCCUUUUUUACCUUAAAUCUGUUCAUCGGUGUCAUCAUCGAUAACUUCAAUCAACAGAAAAGAAUGAUAGGUGGCCAGGAUAUAUUCAUGACUGAAGAGCAGAAAAAGUACUACAAUGCAAUGAAGAAACUUGGAUCGAAAAAGCCACAGAAGCCAAUUCCAAGACCAGUGAACAUUUUACAAGGAUUCUUCUUCGACUUGGUGUCCAAGCAAGCCUUUGACAUCACUAUCAUGAUGCUCAUUAUUCUCAACAUGAUAACCAUGAUGGUCGAGACUGAUGAACAAUCUGCUCGCAUGGAGACCAUCCUCAAUAACAUCAACCUGGCCUUCAUUGUCAUCUUUACCACCGAAUGCCUCAUGAAGAUGUUUGCCCUCCGCUGUUAUUUCUUCACCAUUAGUUGGAACAUAUUUGACUUUGUAGUCGUUAUUCUGUCCAUCGUUGGAAUUGUCCUUGCUGACAUAAUAGAAAAAUACUUUGUGUCCCCAACUCUGUUUCGAGUGAUCCGGUUGGCAAGAAUAGGACGAGUUCUCAGACUAAUACGAGCAGCUAAAGGAAUAAGGACGUUACUUUUUGCCUUAAUGAUGUCGCUGCCGGCGUUGUUCAACAUCGGCCUCCUGCUCUUCCUGGUCAUGUUCAUCUAUGCCAUUUUUGGCAUGGCAAACUUCGCCUACGUAAAGAAGCAGGGCGGGAUUGACGACAUGUUCAACUUCGAAACCUUCGGGAACAGCAUGAUCUGCCUUUUCCAGAUCACCACAUCGGCCGGUUGGGAUAACCUACUGGAUCCCAUUCUCAACAACUCUCCGGAAGAAUGCAGCUCGAGUUACAUCAACACCGGAACCAAUACCAAGGGCAACUGCGGCAACCCCUCGGUAGGGAUCACUUUCUUCGUCAGCUACAUCAUCAUUUCCUUCUUGAUCGUGGUCAACAUGUACAUCGCCAUCAUUCUGGAGAACUUCAGCGUGGCCACCGAGGAGAGCGCUGAACCUCUGAGCGAGGACGACUUUGAGAUGUUCUACGAGGUUUGGGAGAAGUUCGACGUAGAGGCCACGCACUUCAUCGAGUACUCCAAACUCUCGAGUUUCGCCGACAGCCUUUCCGAACCUCUGAGGAUCGCCAAACCCAACAGAAUCAAACUUAUCAACAUGGAUCUACCUAUGGUCAGCGGCGACAGGAUCCACUGCCUGGACAUCCUGUUCGCCUUCACCAAGCGGGUCCUCGGGGAGACGGGAGAAAUGGACGCUUUGAAGCAGCAAAUGGAGGAGAAGUUCAUGAUGGCGAACCCUUCCAAGAUAUCCCAUGAGCCCAUCACCACCACACUGCGGCGCAAGCAGGAGGAGAUUUCGGCGUUCCUGAUCCAGCGCGCCUACCGGCGGCACCUGAUUAGACGGCAAAUGAAGCAGGCGUCUUACCUGUACAGGCACAUAAACCAAGACGCACACUGGUUGGAAGAGGACGGCGCUCCGGAGCGGGAAGGACUCAUAGCGUUAAUGAUUAAAGAGCACUACGGCCCCGAGAAGGGGCCGCCGUACUUAGCUUGCUCUCCGCCGUCCUAUGAUGCUGUAACAAAGGAUCCUAGUGACCAUUUCAAGAUGUUAAAACCUGACUCUCAAUCCAGUGAGCCUCAUAAAUCAGAAGAGACGUAUGACGAGACCUUUCUUUAGGAACUCUUUUCUAAGUAACCUUUUCUUUGCUUGCCUUUUUUUUUUUUUUUAACCAUGUUUGGAUGUGUGUAAAUGUGUGUGUAAGUGUCUAAUCAGGAGGAAUCCAAAUGCGAACAAGAUUUCACUUUUUUAAUCUGUAAGAAAAUGUUUGGACAACCUGUUGUUUUUGUCACAAAAUAUGGCAUGGAAUCAUGGGAAACGGACAAAAAUACAUGGAUGUAACUUUUCAGGUAGAGAAUGUAUUUUAGCUCAGAUGUGUUGCACAUAUCGCAACUGUAAUAUUGCACAGAUGUUAUUUUGGUGGUUUGCUAUAAAGCUUUACGGCCACAUGUAGUUUUUCCCAGAGUUUUUCAUUUCUCAGGAUUAAGUGAGGAAUGUUAUCACUUUUUUUCACUUGAUGAGAGUACUGGUAUAAGGAAAAGGCCCCUAAAUGCAGUUGGAAUGACUACAGUGGAAAUUUCCUCUUACAAAGUGAAUAAUUUAGCAUUUUUAUCGGUGCUUGAGGAAUUUUUGUUUUCUUGUUGAAGUAGGAAACUGUGUUUUAAAAUGGUUUAAUGGACUACUUAAGUCAGUACAUGUACAUGUUCCUGCUUUUUUAUGCACAAGUGGUGCAUGCUAUUCCAAAGAAAGAAUCCAUGUAAUCUUUCAUCAAAAUGAAACCAUUUUCCUGGCUGAUGUUAUGUAUUUCUCAACCCAUUCUCUCCAACAGCUUUGCUCCAUUUUGACAUGCAACGCCUACUUUUAAUGAUUCAAUCAAUUCCCAGUGGAUAAAAAUCCAGUAUCGCCUAAAUUGUUCUGGGUUAAAUAUCCUGUUUCACUAAACUUACAGCAGUAAAAUGUUGAAUUAACUGAAAUAAAAUGGAUAUACAACUAUGUUUAAUACAAAAUUUGGAUCAGCUGAAAUUACCUUUAGCUCUUAUGCUUUAUUUAAGGGCUUUUCCUCAAUAUAUUGCACAUUGAAAUGCUUUAGUCUGGAUCAUAGAAGAUUUUCAGAGUGUCCUAAUUACUCAUAAACCUCAUCACUGUUUUUUUCCAAGUCAGGAAUAUGAAUUUACAUGCAUCAAAUGCAUUUCUGUGACUAAACUGUAUAUUAACUAAUAUAAUGUACAUAAGCAAAUGGGAAGAAAAGUACGGUGUAUCAUCAACAUCCAUGUACAGGUAUAUCAAUUUCUGUGUUCAACUCCUUUUUUUUAUGAAACAAUGCUGUCCUUUCCACAAAUUGUUCUCUCUGUUGUAUUUUAUUUCAA